AUGGCCGCUGCGGCAGCUGCGUCGCCGCCGCCGGGUGAGCAUAUAUCGCGACCGCAGAUAUCGCCGGCUCCGACUGCAUCAACGUCGACCGCCUCGUUCACAUCCAGCAAGCACGGCGACCCAGUUCUGCCACCCUCUUCGUCAUCGUUCCCACCUGACGAUACACCCGCAUCCACAACGACAACACUCGUCAACGGCGACAAGCCUGAACGCCCCGCUGGUCCACAGAAGAAGCCGACCUUCACCUCACGGCUAAGUCGGAUGUUCUCGCAAAGGGACGCCAACGCAACCGGCAGAGAGACACUGAAGCAGGAAGUUGCGGACAAGGUACCAGAGACAGCUGUGGAAGAGGACGACGGCACGUCAGUGUCCUCGAAGCCACGUCCUGACAAGCCGUCACGACAAGCAUCGAAGAACGAGAAGAUGGGCGCAGUCACGCGGAGCGGAUCUGACUCUAAGAAGGAGAAAAGCGACGCGGCCGCUCACAACAAGCGCUUCUGGGUAGAGGAGAGUGGGGAGCAUUUCCACGUGCUCAAGGGCGCAAAACGACAAGACAAGCUCUCGGUUAUGUUCAAGGACCUCAUGGGCAAGCGGAAAGAGCACAAUGAAGACCAGCCACUAUCGCUUGUAUCGAACUGGGUGGAGACGUUGAAGAGUGAAAAGGACAGGAUGGCUACUGAGAAGAAGAAUGGACCGAACGCCACUGCAACUCUGGUGCAAAAGUACGGGAAGUGCAGCGAGGUUGUGGGACGAGGUGCAUUCGGUAUCGUGCGCAUCGCACACAAGACGGAUCCGAACGACUCGAAACACGAACAACUAUACGCCGUGAAGGAGUUCCGACGGAGACCACAAGAAGACGCCAAGAAAUACAGCAAGCGUCUCAACUCAGAGUUCUGCAUCUCCUCGUCAUUACGGCACCCGAAUGUAAUCCAUACCUUGGACUUACUGGAAGAUGCCAAGGGCGAUUACUGCGAGGUCAUGGAGUUUUGUGCUGGUGGCGAUCUGUACUCGCUCGUGUUGGCGAACGGCAAGCUCGAAGUUGCCGAGGCAGACUGCUACUUUGCACAGCUUAUGCGCGGUGUCGAGUACAUCCACGAGAUGGGUGUUGCGCAUCGUGAUCUGAAGCCGGAGAACCUCCUCCUCACCACUCACGGAGCCUUGAAGAUUACUGAUUUUGGCAAUGGAGAGUGCUUCCGAAUGGCGUGGGAAACAGAACCACACAUGACUGCUGGACUUUGCGGAAGUGCUCCUUACAUUGCACCAGAAGAGUAUAUUGACAAAGAAUUCGACCCUCGUGCUGUCGACGUGUGGGCCUGUGGUGUCAUCUACAUGGCCAUGCGAACUGGGCGGCAUUUGUGGCGCGUGGCAAAGAAAGAUGAAGACGAGUUUUACGAUAACUACAUCCGUGGGCGGAAAAGUGAGGAAGGCUAUGCUCCGAUUGAGACAUUGCACAGGGCACGCUGCCGCAACGUCAUUUAUAGCAUCCUCGACCCCAACGCUAGCCGCCGGAUAAGCGCCCACCAAGUCCUCAACUCAGAAUGGGGCAAGGGCAUAAAACUAUGCAAAGCCGGCGAACAGGGCCUAUGA